GAUCGACGGUGGAACGGUGGUGGAACGCGACGACGAGGACCGACGGUGGAACGCGACGACGUGAGAGAAGAAGGCGCCAGCGACCUACGUGUAUAAUAUAUGGCAUCUCAAUCAUUCUCUUCGACACAAAGAAGAAAUGGGAUUGCUGAUGGAAGGCUCUGUACUUGCGGCCUUACCCCAGCCCUAAAGACUUCAUGGUCCAGUAGUAAUUAUGGACGAAGAUAUUUUCAAUGUCCUUUGAAGGCUUGUGGGUAUUAUGAUUGGCUUGAUCCCCCUGUGCAUGGGCAAGUUGUUGAAGCCCCCAUGACUGCUGCUGUGACUCCUGGUCAAGUUGUUCAAGCCCCCAUGACUGCUGCUGUGACUCCUGGUCAAGUUGAUGAUUGCUUUGAAGGAUUAAAGAGGGCAGAAGCUUUGAUCUUUGACUACAAGAGAAGGGAACAAAUGUAUUUCAUUGUUGUUGUUGUCUCUUUGGUAGUUGUUGUGCUACUUAUUUUGUUUAAGUGA